AAUUUAUUUAGGUUAUAUUGUGAAUUUAGUUUUUUAACUUAUAAAAAACACUAUAUUUCAUGUAACAUAAUAAACUUUGAAAGUGUAGUGUGGUGCCAGGAGUUGUGUAUAAUGUUCCGCAUUGUUUCAUGAUACAAGAUGAAGGCGGUUAAGUGGCUGGCGUUUAUCACUGUGUGCUCAGCAAGCCAAUACGACAAUGGCGGAGAAAAAAAUGGCUUGACUGAAAAUGAAAAUUCUACUGUACGACUUGAGCCUAUAGAAGGCACGCCCAACUUCAGACUAAUCAAACCAGAGAAAGCCACACAGUGGUUCCCAGAAAGAGAAAUUAAACUCGACAGUUGUGUGCGCAAAUCCCGGUGUGAACCACUUAAUAGAACCACCUGUCUUGGAGUCAAGUUACCAUACAACAAGACAAGUGUGCGUCUAACGUUCUACGAUACACAAUAUAAAAUACAGAACCAACUAGAGUUGUAUCGUGAGCUUAUAAAUGUACCAAAAUGCUGGGCGGUCAUACAGCCCCUGUUGUGUGCUACGUUGAUGCCGAACUGUGAAAGGAUCAAUGGUCAGGAUAUGGUGUAUCUACCCUCAUAUGAAAUGUGCAAGAUUACAAUGGAGCCGUGUGCUAUUUUGUACAAUACCUCGUACUUUCCGUCCUUUCUUAAAUGUAAUGCUACCCUGUUCCCGACGAAAUGUGAUAAUGCUGCUCGGGAGAUGAAGUUCAAUACGACUGGAAAAUGCCUCUCGCCCCUCAUUCAUACUGAUAAAAAUGUGCAUUUUUAUGAAGGUAUCGCCGGCUGUGGUCUUCCAUGCAGGGAUCCCCUGUAUACAGAAGAUGAACACCAACAAAUCCACAGGCUUGUGGCCUGGGGAGCCUCUGCGUGUCUCGCCCUGAACCUCCUCACUGUAGCCACUUUUGUAAUAGACUGGCGAAGCGCAAAUAAAUACCCCGCGCUAGUGAUAUUUUACAUCAAUGUUUGCUUCGCCGUUGCGUCGAUGGGUUGGCUAGUACAAUUUGUGGGAUCCAGGGAUGAUAUAGUCUGCUCAAAAGAUGGAACAAUUCGUCAGGGCGAGCCCUCAGCUCAGGAAAAUCUAUCUUGUGUGGUAGUUUUUGUACUGGUGUACUAUUUCAUGAUGGCGGCGUGUGUUUGGUUCGUGAUAUUUACAUACGCGUGGCACAUGAGCUUCCGGGCGUUAGGAAAAAUCCAAGAUCGAAUAGACAAAAAAGCCGCCUAUUUUCACUUAGUGGCCUGGUCCUUACCACUAAUACUCACAAUAGCAACUAUGGCUAUCGGUGAAGUCGACGGCAGCAGCAUCACCGGAGUGUGCUUCGUGGGUUAUGUUAACCAUGCUAUGAGAGGCGGUUUGCUGUUGGCACCUUUGUUUGUGGUUCUCACAUUGGGAGGAUAUUUCCUUUUGAGAGGUGUAGUUUCCCUAGUAGCAGUGCGUGUGUCAAGCCGAGAUGUUAUAUCCCCACGGGCCGCUAACAAGAUUCGUCAGACCAUAACUCGUUGUUCCCUAACCGCUACUUUGGUAGCCGUAUUCAUAUGCGUCACGUUCGCAUGUCAUGUCUACGAGUUUAGGAAUGCUGAAUCGUGGAAGGAGGCUUUUAAAAGGAAUAUUAUCUGCCGCCUCGAAGCCCUAAAAGAACCAGAAAAGGAGUGUUCGAACGGCGCUCGACCAUCGGUAUCAGUUCUUCAACUGCGUCUCUUGUGUUGUUUCGCUGCUGGAGCUCUGAUGGCUUCGUGGACAUGGACUCCGGCUGCAGCCGCGGCCUGGAGGCGGUAUAUGGCCAAAAAAUGCGGGUGUUCAGUAGAAGCGGAAAUGACGCGUCGCGCUCACAAACACGAGCUGAUAGCGCGUGCGUACAAACGGAGGAACGAAUUCAUGACACGCGGACGGCUUUCCAUCUCCUUGGGAGGCUCUCGACAGGAUCCUGUGGGACUUUGCCUGGAUCAUACAUCGCCCAUUGACUGCCCGGAUGAUGCAAAACAUGAAAGUGGUGAGCUGUCGUCAUCAUGGGCAGCUAAUCUGCCGCGUUUUGUGCGCAGACGGGAUGCGUUAGUUUUGCCGACGCACGCGCAUCACUCGCUCAGCUCCACGCCGGAUCGAAGGAAUUCACAAGACUCCCAAAUCAGCAUCAGCCUUCGUCAUGUCUCCGUGGAAUCCAGACGCAACUCCCUCGACAGUCAGCUGUCUGUCAAAAUCGCAGAAAUGAAGACCAAAGUGGGUAGACGCAGGACCAAACACACGAAAACUAAGCGGAAAAGCCGAACGCCGAGAAAGGAAAGCACGCCAUCUAUGGAGAGCCAGAUAAGUCGAUAUUGGCUUCAGGCGAUGGCCAAUAAUGACCCCUCGAGGGAGGAGGUAAAGUUCAGUUUUGAUUGAUGCGAGAGUACCAAUUUGCAUUUCUGAUAGCCAUUGAGGCUAUCAUCAUAUUUUAAAUCGUUUCACAAUAUUUUUUUAAUGUAUAUUUGGUAUGGAAAUAUGUAAUUUUUUUAUGAUUUGAUCCAUAAAGCAUUUAAUAAACACUGGGGUGACAGACAGACAUAACAUUUAUAAUGAAACAAACACAUGACAUAAUAAUAAAAAAAAGUAACGAAAAAUUUAGGAAAGAAAAAAGGUACAUUUUAAGUGUGUUAUGUGUGUUGUAUUGGUAACUGUAACACACACACACAGGUGAUUUGAUAAUUAUGUUUGUAAUAUUAUAAACAUAUUAGUGACGAGACAGCUUUACGUAAAUAAUUGGUUAUUCCAAAUGCAUUUUAUAAAAUAUAACAAUGAAUUUUAUCUUUGAUAAUUUGAUAAGAAAAACAUUUAUAAAGUUGUCAUAUUUAAUGUAUGACAAAUUUUUUUUAUAUUAAUAAGCAUUUUCAGAAUUCGAGAGGCCACAGUCAAAGUUUAGGAAGUCAUAUAAGAUCAUUUCAAUUGGUUAAGUUUAAUAUUAACGUUAACUAAGCUUUGAGACUUUCUGAUAUGAAUUUGAAAAUGUUAUAGUAAAAUAUAUAAUCUACUUAACUUAGUGGUUAGGGCAAGAUUCAAAGAUGAGAUUUAUCGUAAACAAUAAACUUAUUAUAUCAAAGUCAAUGGAAAAAAAUCUGCAUACCCCGGUUAUUCUGUUAGAUAACUAUUGAUAUCUGUGAAUCUCAGAAAAUAAGCAAAUGGAGAUACUGAAAAAAAUACAUUUUAAUUACACAAACAAACAUUUUAAAAUGUUAAAAGUAUUUUGUACGUCUUUAAUAUUGUUAGAAUAUCAAAGAAUGUGAAUUCUGAUUUUUAGAUUAUAAGUAUAAAGUACAAAUAACAAUUCGACUUUACCUCUCUCAGUGAUUAAGGACAAAUAUCAUAUUUUUAUAAGCAUUGUAUAUUGUAAUUAAGGAAAUAACCAGCGAAUUGAUAUUUUACCAUUUAUCAAAGACUGAUAUUGAAUCUCGACAAUAAUCAUGACAUACUCU